AUGUUGUAUCUGCGUGACGCUGUCAGUCCUUUAAGCGGCGGUUUUGAUAUCAUACACCGAAUUACUCUCAUACUAGGCACUUGUGUCGUGCUCUAUGCCUUUCAUAUCGUCGUUCAAGGCAUCAUCAACGUUUAUUUUCAUCCACUCAGUCAUGUGCCAGGGCCGAAGCUAUGGAUAGCAUUCCCCUUUGUGAGGUUUGUGACUGCCAUGCGAGGUACGAUGGACGAACACAUUCGAUACUGGCACGGCUUCUAUCCGAUUAUCCGCAUCUCACCCAACGAGCUUUCCUUCACCUCGGCCGAGGCCUGGAUCGACAUCCACGGUCCUAGGAACAAUCCUGAACUACCCAGAGACCUCAGCUUCAACCCAGGGCCGGCUAACGAUAUCAUAAGGGCCGACACAACCGAACAUAGCCGUUUCCGAAAAGCACUUUCUUAUGGAUUCUCAGACCGAGGUCUCCGGGCCCAGGAAGAUCUCAUUCGAGGCUACGUUGACCUGCUCAUGACAAAGUUGCGUGAUGCUGCUGAGGCGAGUGCGCCAUGCGACCUCGUUCUAUGGUUCAACUACCUCACCUUCGAUAUUAUCGGCGACCUCGCUUAUGGCCAGUCCUUCAACUGCCUCAAGUCCGGAGUCAUGCACGAAUACAUCGCCAAUCUUCUCAAAAUUAUCCCAACCCGGCCUAUAGUCAACGGCGCCGCCGAGUUUCCCGUUCUUGCCUUCCUUCUCAAGCACAUCCUCAUGUCGAAAAGAGUCACGGAGACACGUCAACGCACAAUUGACUUUGCCAUCUCAACCAUAAACAAACGCCUGAACGACGGAUCCAAGCAAGGACGUGCCGAUUUCGUUGACGCCAUGAGCCGCAACAAGGACACCCCCGAGGGAUUCACCGAGCUCGAGAUGGCCAGCAACGCCCUGAUCAUCCUAGCCGCCGGCUCCGAAACCACUGCCACCCUGCUCGCCGGCGCGACCUACUUCCUCUUACGCAACCCGCACGCCCUCGCGCGUGCCACGAACGAGGUCCGUACCGCAUUUCAGACGCAAGACGACAUCACCAUCGCCACAACGGCGUCCAAAAUACCCUACACGCUCGCCUGCAUUGAGGAAACCUUCCGCAUCUACCCUCCCGUCGCCAAUUCCAACCCACGCGUCACAGUCCGCCCCAGCACAACUAUAGCUGGUCUCGCCCUGCCAGCAGGCACCAAAGUCGGCGUCCACCACAGCGCCGCAUACUGGUCACCGCGCAACUUCACGCGGCCGCGCGACUUCCUCCCCGAACGCUGGCUGAAGGAGAACCAGCGCGAAGGCGCAGAGUUUGCGCACGAUAACAGGGCCGCGCUGCAGCCGUUCAACAUGGGGCCGCGGAACUGCAUUGGGCAGAAUCUUGCGUGGGCGGAGAUACGGCUCGUGCUGGCGAGGCUGUUGUGGGGGUUUGACUUGAGUUUUGCGGAUGAGGCGGCAACGAGAGAUUGGGAGGUGCAGAAGAGCUAUACGGUGUGGAUCAAGAAGCCGUUGCCGGUCAUGUUCAGGGCGAGGGAUGAUCUUUAA